GAGUUUAAUACCUGUUAAAUAUCCGUGUAUUUCAACCACAUGGAUGAGGUUCACGUGUUCUUGGUUGCCAAAAAGGGGUGUGAUAUGGAUGAGGCUCAAAGGGGAAAGAAAGAAGAGCAUUCACGCCCAUCGUCGUCAUCUCCUCUCCCGACAUCAUUCCCACCUUGCAAGCCAGCCUACUUCAACUUCAUCCUCAUCUCUUGCGCUGGACGGAUUUCGAAAAUCCUAUUAAGCACAAACAUUGACUUCCAAAUUACGUAUACUGCACCUUGCUCCCAUUAACUACCUACGUGCCGCCACAAGAAAAUGAAGCCACUCGUUAUCCUGCACUUCCUCGCCCUUACCGCCUGGGCCUUGAAGCCCCUCGCCCCUAGGGACCAUGGGGACCAAACAGUCAUCGUAGUUAACAAGUUAGCCCCAGACACCCACAGCUACGGCUACAGCGGCACUAACCCUGUCGAUGGAUGCUGGGAGAGCCUCGACUGCUCCCUGACCCAAAUCGAAGCAAUGUCCAUGGCGAGCCGACUCGAGUUCAUCAAGUAUCUGAGCACCUGGCGCCUGGACGCGUUGCACUCCAUGGACCAAUUCCGCGCGUUUGAAGGGGUCAUUGCCUUCUUCAUGAGGAAGGAUAUCGGUGGCACGGGCACGUGGUUGUCGCUUGUACAUGCUGCGUGCAUCGAGGCGUUGCAGAGGGGUGCGGCUAUCUCGCUGGGCUUGUCGAGUAAUACCGGUGGGAAUCCGGCAAGUGAGAAGUGGGCGGAUUAUUUUUAUCAGAGGAGGACGGGGAGGCUUACGGAUAGAGGUGCCCACGAUUUAUCCUGGGCUGUGGCAGAACAAGCUGCCGUUGACUACGGCAUGCGCCGCGCAGACUCAUCGCUGCAGAUCGAAAAGCCCUCCGGCCGCGUGCUACGCUGGAUGCAGUUCACGCGCGUAUACAGAACAGCCAUGCAGUAUCGCCGUACGAUCUUGUGGCUUAUGAGGAUGGGAUUCACAUGGUCUAGCCCCUCCAUACCCAUGGCCGUGGAAGCUUUCAUAGAUUGGGUCACGGACGUGACAGACGCAACCUCUACUGGCUUCCUAGCCGAUGUGGCUUGGACCCUUUCUGCGCUGGGGCUAUCCCAGCACGGAGAAGACCCCGCCGCUGACAGUGAAGUGAUGUUGAAGAUUGUCACAGAGUUUUGGGAGGUUUUCCAAUUGAGGAAUACCGGUGGUGGUAAUGGGGAGCAGGGAGGCAUUUCACAGCGAAGAUAGAUCAAGUAUCUCCUUAUACGGGGGCUCUGUGUGAGGAUGGAGCUAAGCGUGGGGUUGUGUGCAUUGAUGCGGUGUCAUUGGUGAAAUGGUUGGAAGUGGAAACAUCGUGUCCUGUUUACAUGUUUACAGAAUAUAGUUUAGUAUAUCGGUGAGUGAUAUUCGGUGGAUGAUGCAGCAUGAAGAUGUUGCAAAUCAAGAGAUUUUUAUUUUUCUUAUCAGUGAGCUCGGAAUCGUUUUUCGAAACAGGUCUCUAAUUUGUAAAUCUCAUUCUUCAG